AAGUCAUUAGUGUAGGGAACUUUUUUUUUUUUUGCUUUAUUCAUGGAACACUGAACAAAGGUGGACAAAGGUGGCAAAACAUACACACAAUCACACAGCAGUCAUCAUUUUAAAUAUAAUAACAGUAAAAGGAACUUGUCUCAAGCAACAGGUUAGAGAGAGGGUCCACUGAGUAAGGAAGGGGGGAGGUGUUUUUCCUUCAAAGGAGUCAAAUUUCCAAACUCCGUGGGUCUGAGAGUCACACAGCUCUUAACUGAGAGAGGCUUUGUACUGAGCGAGAGAGGGAGAGAGACACAGAGACAGAGAGAGAGGGAGAGAGAGGAAGAGAGAGAGCAGCAGUGUGGCUUCAGGUCUGUACAGUGAGGCAGAGGGACCACGGAGUUUGCUGGAAUUUCAUCACACAUGCACUUGGAGUUCACUUCCAAACCUGGAUUUUUCUUCAUUCAGCCUCUGAAAUGUUUCAAGGGUGGUCUCUUGCCCUGUACCUGGCCCUGCCGUGCUGGCUGGCCGCUGCCCUGCAGGUUAUAGAAGAACGAGGCUCUGGAGGUCAUCUGGACCUGACGGAGUUAAUCGGUGUCCCCCUACCUCCCUCCGUCUCCUUCACUCCCGGCUAUGAAGGUUUUCCAGCCUACACCUUUGGGCCUGAAGCCAACAUAGGCCGGCUGACCAAGACCUUUGUGCCGGGGGCGUUCUACAGGGACUUUGCCAUCAUCGUCACGGUGCGUCCAACCACUCAGAGAGGAGGCGUGCUGUUCGCCAUCACAGAUGCCCGUCAGAAGGUGGUGGAGCUGGGUUUGGCCCUAACUCCGGUUCGUGGUGGCCUCCAGAGCAUCUUACUGUACUACACUGACAAAGAGCAGGCCUCCCACAGCCACAAAGCUGCUGCCUUCAGUGUCCCAGAAAUGACUGACCAGUGGACACGAUUCACGCUGGUGGUGGAGCACAAUGAAGCCCGUCUCUACAUGGACUGUGGCGAAGCAGAGAGGAUUACUUUCCAUCGAAGGCCAGACAGACUCACCUUCUCACACAAUUCAGGCAUUUUUGUAUCUAAUGCAGGAAACACGGGGCUUGACAAGUUUGUGGGCUCCAUCCAGCAGCUGGUGAUAAAAGAUGAUCCCAGAGCAGCAGAGGAGCAGUGUGAAGACGAUGAUCCUUAUGCGUCAGGAUACACCAGUGGAGACGAUGCUCUGGAUGACAGAGAGAGAGAGGAGGAGGUGAUGAAGAACACUCAUGAGAGGAAACAGGAGGAGGACAGUGUUCCAGUUAGGGCUCCACCCACUGAGGCUCCAGAGGUGGAGCUCGAGGAGUACUCAGGUCACCAGACACCCACUCAGGCCAGUGAAGAAACUCUGAUCAGAGGUCCACAGAGGACAGAGGAGCCAGGAGAGAGGUCAGAAGACGGUCAAGUCAGGUUUAAAGGACAGCCUGGAGAUCGCGGAGACAGAGGCCCACCUGGUCCCCCAGGUCCCCCAGGGCCCACCACUCGACCUGGAACAAGAGGGACACAAGGACCACCAGGACCCACUGGAUCCCCAGGACUGCCAGGGAAAGAUGGACAGCAGGGACCCAAGGGUGAAAAGGGAGAUCCGGGUCAGAGAGGACCUCAGGGAUCUGCAGGUUCAGAUGGAGAAGCUGGAGCUAAAGGAGAGAAGGGAGAACCAGGAGUUGGUAUACCAGGCCCUCCUGGCCUACCUGGGCCUCCUGGACCCCCCAGAUCACGCAGUGUACCUUAUGGAGCUGAUGCCCUGGGUUCUGGGUUUGAAGACCUGGACAGUGACACUGUACUCAUCAGGGGUCCUCCUGGUCUACCAGGGCCUCCAGGACCUCCAGGUCCCCCUGGACCCAACCUGUCAUCAUCUGACACAGCUGAAGGCAUAUCUCCAGUGCAUGCUGGACCACCCGGAGUUCCUGGCCAAAACGGGCUUCCAGGCAGACCUGGACUACCAAUGUUUAAGGAUUGGUUUAGUGGUUCUGGGUCCGAUGGUUCAGGUCUGAGCUCAGAGUUGUCCUCUGACCUCAGUUCAGGCCUGGGCUCUGGUUUCAGUUCUGGGUUCAAUUUUGAAUCCAGUUUUGCCUCUGGUUCUGGGUUUGACUUUGGGUCUGCUUGGGGUUCAGGCGAGGGUCCAGCAGGAAAAGAUGGGGCUCCAGGUCUACCAGGAGCUUUGGGAGUAAAGGGUGACCAAGGGUUACCUGGGCCAAUUGGACCAAAGGGUGAAUGUGGGUCUGUGGGUACAACAGGGUCUUCAGGGCUAGCAGGGCCUACUGGUCCACCGGGCAAGAGAGGCCCAGCAGGUCCCCCAGGACUCCCUGGACCUCCUGGACCUCCAGGAACCAAAUUCUUUGUAGAGGACCUGGAGGGUUCUGGGAAGAGCGACAUGCUGAUUGGAGCUGCAGUCAGAGGCCCCCGAGGUCCCCCUGGUCUACCUGGCCCACAGGGACCUAAGGGUGAGGAUGGAGCCUUAGGUGCUCCAGGACUCUCAGUCAAGGGUGAGCCAGGGGACCCAGGACCAGAGGGCAUUCAGGGUCUUGCUGGACUACCAGGUGCCAGGGGUGUCAAAGGAGAAAAGGGCAGUCCAGGGCCAAAGGGUGAUCGAGGUGCUGAUGGACUCAGUAUCCCAGGACCACCUGGGCCUCCUGGGCCUCCUGGAUCUAUGAUUAAUCUGCAGGAUCUGCUCCUCAACGAUACAGACAGUUUGUCCAACCUCACUAAGAUCAGAGGACCACCAGGGCCGAAGGGCCCUGAAGGUUUGCCUGGCAGAGCUGGAUUUCCCGGCCUCAGGGGACCAAAGGGAGACAAAGGCCCUAUAGGGAACCAGGGGCCAACAGGGAUCAAGGGAGAGAAGGGAGAGCCAGGGGUGACCAUUGCGGCUGAUGGAUCCAUCUUAUCAGCACCAAGAGGCCCACAGGGCCACAAAGGCAUCAAGGGUGACCGAGGGUUCCCUGGACCUCCCGGACUCAUGGGCCCAAUUGGACCAACUGGACAAAAAGGAGAAUUCGGCUACCCCGGUCGCUCAGGACGACCUGGAGUACCUGGAAGAAAAGGUGACAGAGGAGACUCUGUCGGCCUACCGGGACCUCCAGGUCCUCCAGGUCCACCUGGACUUCCAGGAAAAAUUCUGGGACUGAAAGGAACAGUGUUUCCAGUGCGCCCCAGACCGCACUGCAAGAGGGGACUAGACCAAUUGACAGGAGGACAUAAAGGAGACAAAGGAGAUGUGGGAGAACCUGGAGAUCCAGGCACAGCCGGAACCUUUUCUUUCUCAGCACCCGUGUUUCCAGAUGGAAUCGUGGGUGCUAGAGGUGAUCAGGGAUACCAAGGCCAAAAGGGAGAGAAGGGUGACAGUGGGCUGCCUGGUCCUCCAGGACUGCCUGGAAGGUCAGGACUUGUGGGUCCAAAAGGUGAGUCCAUCGUGGGUCCUCAAGGACCUGUUGGUCCUCCGGGUCAACCUGGAGCCCCUGGGUUUGGACGUCCUGGUCCUCGAGGGCCACCUGGCCCUGCUGGACCCCCGGGACCUGCACCGGCAUAUGGAUCGGCUGUCAAUAUCCCCGGACCUCCUGGUCCUCCCGGCCCACCAGGAGCUGUAGGAUAUGCAAACCUGGUGACCAUCUAUAAGACAGUCCAUGCUAUGAACAGAGAGAGUCACCGGGCUGCAGAAGGAACCCUGGUCUACGUGUCUGAGAAGGGAGGAGAGCUGUACAUCAGAACACGCAAUGGCUGGCGCAAGAUCCAGCUCGGAGAGUUGAUCCAAAGUGGACCUUCCACAUCAGCGGCGGCUCAGGCCCUCAGCAGACCUGGAGAAUGGAGCAGACCACACAGGGCCCACAGCCAGGAGCUUCAAGAGGGCAGUCGAGGAUAUCAGCCCAUCUAUAAUGUUCUACCACAGACCUUCAACGCUGUACCUGGGCUCCAUCUGGUAGCACUGAACGCUCCACUGAAAGGGGACAUGCGGGGCAUCCGAGGGGCAGACUUCCAGUGCUACCAGCAGGCUCGCUCCAUGGGGCUCACAGCCACAUACAGGGCCUUCCUAUCCUCACAUCUCCAGGACCUGGCAACCAUCGUGAGGAAGGUGGACCGCAACGACAUGCCCGUGGUUAAUCUCAAGGGGGAGGUGUUGUUCAACAGCUGGAUGUCCAUCUUCUCUGGGAACGGAGGCACUUUCAACCCGUCCACACCCAUCUACUCCUUUGACGGACGUGAUGUGAUGACUGACUCAGCAUGGCCAGAGAAGAUGGUGUGGCACGGCUCCAACACCUUGGGCAUCCGCCUGACGACGAACUACUGCGAGGCGUGGAGGACGGCCGACAUGGCGGUGACGGGACAGGCUGCGCUGCUGCAGACGGGACGACUGCUGGGACAACACACCCGCUCAUGCUCCAACCACUACAUAGUGCUGUGCAUAGAGAACACGUAUGUGGGGAGCACACACCUGAGGAGGACCUGAAGAGGAAACACACAUGCACACACGCACACACACACACACACACACACAUGCAGGCAUGCUGAGAGAGCAGAGUAGAACGUGAGACACACAUUUUAAUGGGAAACACAUACAGGCACAUACACACACGUGAUAACAUCGCGGCAUAGAAGAGACAAUGCAUACACACACACACACACACACACACACACACACACACACACACACACACACACACACACAAAAGGCACUUCUGUUCAUACAUACAGAUAACACACACAUGCAGAAGCAGCACAGACAAAUGAGCACAACACACACACAUUUGAGUUUCACUUUGUUUGGUUCCAACACUUAAUGAUGUUGCAACACAGUCUAGAUUAUGUACGUUAUGAACAUGUGACAACAUGUGUGACAAAAUGUGUGUGUUCAGGGGUACAGACCGCAGCAGUGUUUGAUCCUUCACCUUUUAGACGUUCCUUCACUUCAUGCAGCCUCUGGUUCCAACAUCACAUGUUUCACUCUCAUGUUUCUGUUGCAUGGUGACAGUUCAGCGUGUUAACAUUACCUCACAACAAUAUUCUGUCGACUUGAUGUUCAGUACUGUGCGAAACCAUUGGCCGUUCAGAACAGUGAAAAAUAUAUUGAAUUUUAAAUACACAAGCAUGGUUAGCUGUGAUGUGAAAUAUAAAGUAUGAACUGAAGGAAACUCACCAAACAAUUCUUAUACAAACCUGUCGAGUUUCCUCUGCGGGGAAACAAGGUGCUGUAGUCUUCAUCACAUCUUUUUAGUCUCACUUCUGAACAUGACAGUGUUGUAGUUUAGAACCAAGUGUUGUUUUUGCAGACAGACUAUAUUCACACUGCAGCUUAUGUGAGAAAGAAAAUCAUCAGAUGUGACUCAUUCGGGAUACAGGAUGAGGCUGGUGACUUUCUACGUUUCUGUUAUUGUCAACAAGUGCCAUGAAACAAAAUCAAAAAGUAACCACGUGUUAGUGCAUCUCUUUAUACUUUAACACUGUCUUUGAUAUGUCACAGAUAUAAACAAUUAAAAAGUGUUCAGCUGCUCACUAGUUUUCAUCAAAUGUCUCUCAAACAAGUGGAAAUAGUGUAUCUGUUAGGGACUAUUUUCAGUGGUGGAUUAAUACACAAAAUGGUGCUUUAGUGAGUAUUUGUGGCAGCAGGACAUGUUACUGUGUGUGUGUGUGUGUGUGUGUGUUCAUGAAUCAACAUUGUUUUCAAUGGCGGUCAUAGAGGAAGAUCUGUUAGACUGUGACACACACACACACACACACACACACGCACACACUCACAAACAGUAUUUUUUAUUGGACUUGUUGACAAUAAGAAACACCUCUGAAGUAUGAGCACAAUGUGACCAGUGUGAACAUGUGAAAACACUGAUCUCUGACGGGUGUUCACACAUGUCACAUUUUACAUGUAAAUACACUGUAUGUAAAUGAGUCCACUAAUCACAGCAUCAUGUAUGAACUGAAAAGACAAAAACUGGUUGAAAUUGACCAAAAAAAAAAACAUGUUACCACUAAGAUCACGAAUCUUCACAUAUAAACAGAGAU